CGUCCUUCGCCCUCUGGGUGUCGGUCUCGUCUCUCUCCUCGCCAAUGACGGCGGCUACUUUGUUCUCUACCUCUAUAGCCCCCUCUUCUUGCCCUAAACCCCUAAAACCUUCUCCCAAAAACCUAGCUUUCGGCCUAGGGUUCGCCGCCUCCAGUUUCCUGCGGUCUCUCCUCCCCAAAAUGCACUCAGAUGGUGGUGCGGCCGUCGGGCGCGGCGGCGCCGCCCUCACGGCCCGCAUGGUCUCCACCCCGGCCGUCAGCAAGCCCAUCCCCUCUCUCGAUUUCGAGACCUCCGUGUUCAAGAAGGAGAAGAUCACCCUCGCUGGCCACGACGAGUAUAUAGUCAGAGGGGGGAGGGAUUUGUUCCAUUCACUGCCGGAUGCAUUCACGGGGAUCAAACAGAUUGGUGUCAUCGGAUGGGGAUCCCAGGGACCUGCCCAAGCACAAAAUUUGAGGGACUCACUUGGUGUGGCACAAUCUGACAUUGUGGUUAAGAUUGGUCUGAGGAAAGGUUCUCGCUCUUUUGAUGAAGCACGUGCUGCUGGUUUUACGGAAGAAAAUGGAACUUUAGGUGACAUAUGGGAAACAAUUUCAGGCAGUGAUCUGGUUUUGUUAUUGAUAUCGGAUUCUGCACAGGCAGACAAUUAUGAAAAAGUGUUCUCCCACAUGAAACCAAACAGCAUUUUGGGGCUCUCUCAUGGUUUCCUUCUUGGACACCUACAAUCCCUUGGACUUGAUUUCCCCAAAAAUAUCAGUGUGAUUGCUGUAUGCCCCAAGGGCAUGGGUCCAUCAGUGAGGAGGCUUUAUGUUCAAGGCAAAGAAAUAAAUGGUGCAGGGAUUAAUUCUAGUUUUGCCAUUCACCAGGAUGUUGAUGGCAGAGCUACCGAUGUUGCUUUGGGGUGGUCUGUUGCUCUAGGAUCUCCUUUUACAUUUGUGACUACUCUGGAACAAGAAUACAAGAGUGACAUUUUUGGAGAGCGUGGCAUUUUACUGGGAGCUGUGCAUGGAAUUGUGGAGGCUUUGUUUAGAAGGUAUACUGAAAAAGGAAUGAGUGAAGAACUGGCUUACAAAAACACCGUGGAAUGCAUUACAGGAAUUAUUUCAAGGACAAUUUCAACUAAGGGCAUGCUCUCUGUUUAUAACUCCUUAUCUGAAGAGGGGAAAAAAGAAUUCAAUUCUGCAUACAGUGCAUCAUACUAUCCUUGUAUGGAUAUAUUGUACGAAUGCUAUGAGGAUGUUGCUUGUGGAAGUGAGAUUCGCAGUGUUGUUUUGGCUGGAAGACGCUUUUAUGAAAAGGAAGGUCUUCCUGCUUUUCCAAUGGGCAAAAUUGAUCAGACACGAAUGUGGAAAGUUGGUGAACGUGUCCGUGCAACCAGGCCUGUAGGAGAUUUGGGCCCCUUGCAUCCCUUAACAGCUGGGGUUUAUGUGGCACUAAUGAUGGCUCAGAUUGAGGUUUUGAGGAAGAAGGGGCAUUCUUAUUCAGAGAUUAUUAAUGAGAGUGUGAUCGAAUCAGUGGAUUCAUUGAAUCCUUUUAUGCAUGCUCGUGGUGUCUCUUUCAUGGUGGAUAACUGUUCCACAACUGCACGUCUGGGAUCAAGGAAGUGGGCACCACGAUUUGAUUACAUUCUCACCCAGCAGGCAUUUGUAGCUGUCGACAAGUAUGCUUCUCUUAAUCAGGACCUCCUCAGCAGUUUCUUGUCUGAUCCAGUACACGGUGCCAUCGAAGUUUGCGCACAGUUGAGGCCAACAGUUGACAUAUCGGUGCCUCCUGAUGCAGAUUUUGUCCGCCCAGAGUUGCGGCAAUCCAGCAAUUAAAAUAAGAUCAUGGAACUCUGCAGAGAUGCAUGCAACAUUGCAGGAAUGUUUUAAGAGGUUACUCCUAGGAUUUUACCUUUUGGCAUAUUUACUUGUAUGACAGACUACAGAUAUUAGGUUUCUACAAAUUCUGCUAUUCUGAGAGGUGUCAUGAAUUGACCUGAUGAAUUUUUGUUUGACAGUGAUUCUGGAUGCGCUAGAGGCCUUUUGUUAGCCUUGAUGGAUGGUAGUUUUUCUCGACUGUGAGGGAUAACUUUGUUGUUAAUGUUAACUAGCUCAUUGAAAUGCGGUUUCAUGUUUUGUUUCUUCGUGUAU